GAAGCGUGUGAGUACCGGUGUUUUUAAAGCGUCGGAACCCCCUUGAAAUACUGUACCUUAAUACUCACCCAAGGAAAUGAGUUUACCCCUAAAUCCAAAGCCCUUCCUUAAUGGUCUGACGGGCAAACCUGUCAUGGUGAAGCUGAAGUGGGGCAUGGAGUAUAAAGGAUACCUGGUGUCUGUGGAUGGCUACAUGAACAUGCAGUUGGCGAACACUGAAGAGUAUGUGGAUGGAGCAAUGGCAGGCCAUUUAGGAGAAGUGCUGGUCAGAUGCAAUAAUGUCUUGUAUAUAAGAGGUGUAGAAGAGGAGGAAGAAGACGGUGAAAUGAGAGAAUAAAGGAAUUGCCCUGGCUCAGUGACCCUUGACUCCUUCUGGAUUUAUGUAUUUGUUACAAAAGGAGGGCAGCUUACGGUUUCCAAAGGUGUAAACACAAAGCAUCUGCCGUUAAGUGCACAGAACAAACGCAUUUAUACUCAAGGCCACAGGGCACAGUGGAAUGUCCUUCAACACCUAGUCCUCAGGCUGUUGCUGAAAUGCAUUGUGGGAUGGUAUGAGUGCCUAGUUAGUGUGAAGAGAUUUGUUUUUUGCAUAGAUAUGUUCUGCAGAUUUUCUGUGUCUGUGGAAACUGGAGUACACUGAAGUGAAAGGUUGCUGUCCUUGGCAUUCAUGUUGUCUAU